AUGUCUUCCCGACCUCAGAAUAUUGGCAUCAAGGCCCUUGAGAUCUACUUCCCCAGCCAGUGUGUCGACCAAGCUGAGCUCGAGAAGUUCGAUGGAGUUAGCCAGGGCAAAUAUACCAUUGGUCUCGGCCAGACCAAGAUGAGCUUCUGUGAUGACAGGGAAGACAUCUACUCCAUAUGCCUGACCACUGUCUCUUCCCUCCUCCGCAAAUACUCCAUCGACCCUAAGUCGAUUGGACGCCUUGAGGUCGGCACAGAGACCAUGCUGGACAAGUCCAAGUCCGUCAAGUCCGUGCUAAUGCAGCUCUUUGCUCCCUCUGGCAACACCAACGUUGAGGGUGUCGAUACCGUCAAUGCCUGCUACGGCGGAACCAAUGCUCUUCUCAACACCAUCAACUGGGUAGAGUCCUCUGGCUGGGAUGGCAGAGACGCCAUCGUCGUUGCCGGUGACAUUGCGCUCUACAAGAAGGGCAAUGCUCGCCCAACCGGUGGAGCUGGCUGUGUUGCCAUGCUUAUUGGCCCCGAUGCUCCCGUUGUCUUUGAGCCUGGUCUCAGGGGCACCUACAUCACCCAUGCCUAUGACUUCUACAAGCCUGACCUUACCAGCGAAUACCCCUAUGUUGACGGUCACUACUCCAUUAGGUGCUACACCGAAGCCGUGGAUGCCUGUUACAAGGCCUACAACGCCAGAGAGAAGGUUCUUAAGGGCCAGAACGGUGACUCAAACGGUAUCGUAGACGAGUCCAAGACCCCUCUUGACCGAUUCGAUCACAUUCUCUUCCAUGCUCCCACCUGCAAGCUUGUAGCAAAGUCCUACGGACGACUUCUCUACAACGACUACCUCGACAACCCAGAGCACCCAGCCUUCGCUGAAGUUGCCCCUGAAGUCCGCAGCCUCGACUACGAAAAGUCCGUCACCGACAAGACCGUCGAAAAGACCUUCAUGGCCCUGUCCAAGAAGCGAUUCAACGAGCGUGUCGCUCCAUCCAUCGAAGUAGCCACUCAGUGCGGAAACAUGUACUGUGCCAGUGUCUACGGAGGACUUGUCAGCUUACUCAGCAAAGUCCCCUUCGACCCGGCCCAGCCGAAGCGUGUCGGCAUUUUCAGCUAUGGAAGCGGCCUGGCCAGCUCCAUGUUCAGCGUCAAGGUUGUCGGUGAUGUCUCAAAUAUGGUCAAGCAGUUGGAUCUGCAAAAGCGACUUGAUGCCAGACGCGUGGUUGAUCCCCAGGUUUACGAUGAUUUGUGCCUCCUUCGUGAAAAGGCUCACUUGCAGAAGAACUUCACUCCAGUUGGCAGCGUCGAUAACAUCAUUCCCGGAACUUACUACCUGACCAAGGUCGAUGAUAUGUUCCGAAGAGAGUAUGCCGUCAAGGCAUAA